UGGUACGGCCGGGUCGAGGCGAUGGGACGCCGACGGCCGUCAGAACGGCGUCGCGACGCGAGCCUUUUGCGUCCGUCGGCCUCUAAUAUAAUCGUCUUCAAGAAUUCGUGAAAAUACGGCUGCCGAAUAAGUUCUCAUUCGUUAUCUCUUUCGUGUCAUAUUUGGAAUCGUCGAUUUUCAAGUGGUGAUCCGUCCUUUCUCAUUUACGGGAUCUCCCUUUCGUCGCGAUUUUUAACGAGUACAAUUAACGCAAGAUAAAAGAAGAAGAAGAAGAAGAAGAAGAAGAGGAAGAGGAAGAGGAAGAAGAAGAAGAAGAAGGAGAAAUAGAAGAAGUGAAAAAAGAAGUGAAAAAACAGGAAGAAGAAAAAAGGGGUUUGUGUAACGAAGAAAAAAAAAAAAGAAAAAAAAAGAAGAGAAAAAAAGAAAAGAGGGGAAGGGGGCUUUGAUAGACUUCGUUGGAAUCUUUAAAAGUAGAUUCGAUUUGUGUGAUCUCGUUGAGAGGAAGAGAAAAAGAAAGAGAGAAAGAAAGAGAGAGAGAGAGAGAGAGAGAGAGAGACAGACAGAUAGAAAGACAGCGAUAGAUAGAUAGGGAGAUAGAGAGAGAGAGAGAAAGAGAGUGUGUGUGUGCAAGCGGGAAAGAGCCGACUCAGACGACGUAACAGAAAAAAAAAAACAAAAAAAAAAAAAAACAGAAACAUAGUAACAUUUUCUGCGAUAACCUUAAAGGAGUUACUCGAAGUGGAAUCAUCGAGAUGCGGUGAUGGCUCUACUUUACAGAUUCGUGCAACUGCCAGAUCGCAGCGGCACGCGGGUUUUUUCAUUUGUCGUCACCCGGAGUGUCGUACGCGAUCCAGAAAGAGACGUUACCAGUAAGGAACUUGUUUGUGGCUUCCAAAGAUGGGCAGUAGCCUUUUCACGGGGAGACAAGGUAUUAGGCGUAUAUCUGGUAUGGCGAGGUGCAUCAAGGAAUCUUCGGGUUUACGUCGACUUUACGUUCACGUUGUUGAACCGGGAACACUUCUCGAUGAACGAAGGUUUCUCAGGGAAACGAGUUAAAUUCACGUACGAAUUACCGGCUCAAGGAAACCGCAAUUACAUACCAGUAUCAGACCUCUACACUCGUAACUUUGCUGAUACGAAUGGCGAAUUCCAGUUGGAAUUGUCAAUGGCGAAUGUACGUACGGUAUACAUGACAGAAGUUAGAAUGCCAACCGGAGUCUUUUCAACGGGUCAGCCAAAAUCAAAUAAACUUGAGACCGAUUGCUUCACAUUUGGUGGUUUUGAUUGGAGCGUCGUUAUCUAUCCUUAUGGGAAUAAAGAAGCAGAGGGUUGUCGGGGUCAGGAGAAUCGCGUGAGCGUUUAUUUGAUGAGACUCACGGGAUUCGAUCAUCGAUGCAGAGUAAGAUACAGCGUGGCAUUGGGCGAAGGAGAUCGUAGAAUCGAUUCUGGCCAUAUAGAAGAUCUCUCGAAUGCUGAAGGUUACGGUUUUGGAUGGCAUCCAAGAGUUAGAUGGUCAGAAAUCGCUCAUAAAGGUGUUCUCCGAGUCUCACUUGAAAUGGUCGAAGCAAGAACUAUCUGCGAGGUAGCUGUGCAAGCUCUUGGUCCACCUGCUUUGUCUCCUACUCCUUGCUACGAUCGUGACAAGCAAGCUUGGGUCGUAAGGGCUGAUCUCCAUUCGGAAACGGUUAGACUCCAUCUGAUUUAUAAAGAUAUCAAUCAUGUACCAAGAAAUCAUCUGAGAUACGUAAAUUGGUCGGCUUAUUUAUUAAGAGGCGAGGAACCUGAUACAGUUGCGAUGAGUCUACCAGGUGCACCAUUCAGUCGUUAUUACGCUCAAGAAUCCGCUGAUGAAGGUAUAAUUAUGGAAACGAAUUUGGACACGAAUGAGAUCAAGGACAAUCACAGUCCAUUCCUUACGGACAAGAAGCAAUUAAGGAUCAGAUUGGAAUGGAAUGAGAGCCAUUUGCUCUUUCAAGCGACUUAUCACAAAUACGACGACGUCUGCCGUAUUCACAAUCAACAAAUGAGACGUGAGAUAGCAUCUUUACAAGCUGAAAACUAUAGCCUCGAGAGACAACUCUUUAGCUAUCAGAAGAGUCUUGCUUUUGCACAAGCUCAACAGCAACAACAUCAACAACAACAACAACAACAGCAACAACAUCAGCAUCAACAACAACAACAGCAACAACAGGGUCAACCACGGCAUACCAGUCAUCAACCUCAUCUCGAAAGGUCAACAUCUACUGAUACCGAAUACGCCUGACAAGUGGAUCUCGUUAAUGAAAC